AUGUUCAACAAGCAGGCCGUCACCGCUCUUGCCUCCCUGGCCCUGGCCAAGGAGGCUGUUGCCUUCAACGCCCACCGCCACUCCCACGAGGAGCGCGACAUUGUGUACGCGCACACCCACGUUGAGAUUGUCACCGAGUGGGUCACCGUCACCGCCGGCCCUGGCCAGCCCGCUCCCAGCCCCGACGAUGCGGCUCCCCAGAACCCCCUGACCACCACCUCGACCUACGUCGUUGUCCAGACCCCCGCCGCCGUCGAGCCCCCCGCCCCGGUCGUGCCCCCCACUACUCUCCAGACUGCCGUCGUCGCUACUCCUGUGACUUCCCCCAAGGAGGAAGGCGCCCAGGACACUCCCAAGAAGGAGACCAACUCUGGUUCUACCGGCACCUCCGGUGGCAAGCGUGGCUUCGCUUACAACGACGCCAGCCUUGUCAAGAGCUUCUUCACCAACGGUAAUGAGUGCACCAACUGCCCCUGGGCAUACAACUGGGACUCCAGCGACAACGGCCUCUCCCAGGCUGGUGUUGAGUACGUUCCCCAGCUCUGGGGGCCCAUCGAUGUUCACCUCCAGCGCUGGGAGAAGAACGUCGCCAGCUCCAUCGAGGCUGGUUCUACCCACAUCCUGUCCUUCAACGAGUGCGAUAUGCCCUCGCAGUGCAACAUGGAUGCCUCGUCGGCCGCCGACGCCCACGUCAAGCACGUCAACCCCUUGGGCAAGCAGGUCAAGAUUGGCUCCCCCGCUGUCACCAACAGCAACAUUGCCGGCCAGGGCCUCGACUGGCUGAGGGACUGGGUCGCUGCUUGCGACGCCAAGGGUUGCGUGUACGACUUCUGCGUCGUCCACUGGUACUCUCCUCUUGAGGCCGCUGACACCCUCUUCACCCACAUUAAGCAGGCUUCCGAGAUCUGCGGUGGCAAGCCUGUCUGGCUGACUGAGUUUGCUCCUCUCAGCGAGGACGACGGCGCCGUUUCUUCCUGGAUCCAGACCAACAUCCCCAAGCUCGACGCCCUCAAGGAGCUCGAACGCUACUCCUUCUUCAUGGUCGCCGAGGGCAACGGCAAGCUCAUCAGCUCCGGUGGCCUCUCCGGCGCUGGCAAGGCCUACGCCUCCUCUUAA